AUGGAUGACAACAUCAGCUUCCAUAAGGAGAAGUCGUUCCGGAGGGGGGCUUCGUACGUGGUGACCAUGGUCGCCGAGUUUGACGAGUACACCAACGACUGGCUUUACCUUUGCGAAGGCAUUGUUCUUCCAAAGCCAUCCUAUCGGAAGAGGAAAUCGUCCGAUUCCGCCGAGUUCUCGGUCUGGCCAAAUGUUUCUGUUAGGGGAGGUGAGCACCCUGGUUCAUCCAGUGAAGCACCAGCAAUGUUGGUUCCGACUUUGGUUCCGGCGAGAUCCGUCUGGGAGGCCAUACAAGAGGUCAAAAUGGUCCAGAUAUGGGAAAACGUUAUGAAGCCAUGUGAGCAAAGGGGCAGGGACGUACUGAAUUUGAAUGUCAUAACCAGUGUUGACCUGACCGAGUGGCUAAGAACAAAAGACAGUGGCAACGAGACGAUAAACCUGGGACUGCCUUCUUAUGAUAUGUUGUGCACCGUCCUCCACUCGAUCAAGGCUGGUUCCACGGGGCUACUUCUCGGCAACGGCGUGGAGGUCGAUCAGCAGAACAGGCCGCAGGACCUGCUGCUGGACUGGUUCUUCCACCCCGUGCUGGUGCUCAAGGAUCAGAUGCAGGUGCUGAAGAUGACUGAGCAGGAAGUGAGGUUCCUGGAAAGGUUGACUCUUUUCGUCGGCAGUAGUUCUGCUACUGCUGGUGGAGACGUGUGGGAUAACGGCGCCGAGACACCCCGUGAUCCCCUGAGGAUGGCGCAGAUCCAGGCGAUCAGUAGAAGCUGUGUCUUCUUGAUGAGGAGCAUGUCCAAGUUCCCGACGUACCGGAGGCGAUACCGGCAUGUGGUGAAGCUGCUGGUGGCCUACUCGGUGGAGCGGGAAGGGUCGUUCAGAUCGUCGGCGUUGGGUCCAUCCGCCUCCUUCGAAAUCACACGGCGUCGGGAAUUGAUUGGUUCUUUAGGUGUUACAUUUGUUGCAACUUUGUCCGGCCGUGUUAACUAUGGAGAACUGGCAUGA